CCAAUAGCAGCAGCUGUUGUUGUUAGCGGUGGGAAGGGCAGAUUGUUGCAGCCGAGUUGAUUUCACUGAGAUCCACGUUGUGGAUUAAAUAUUUCCAGUAGGCAGUAAACCUGUGUAGCUGCGGCUGCUGCAGGUGUGUGUGUGUGUGUGUGUGGAUGGGGGGAAACAGCCCGAGUCACCUCUCUCGUGAGGAUGGUGAAGGCGGAGGAGUUACUUUUGUGAAGGGCAUUCGGCUGUCGGAUAAAGUGAUCCAUCGGAUGAAACAGUCUUCAAAGGUCGUCGUUCCUCCACUUUCUCAGAAUGGACGUCCUCCUCCACAAACACCUGAAACCCAAACACCCACUCCAGUCCCCCCCUCUGUCCAACACUUGAUACCUCUUCUGACACCACCUGCAUUAGUGGAACCUGUUCCUGCUGUAAAACUUGUCCCUCCUCCUCCUGUAAAGUUCCACUCCCUGCCUCCACCUGUAGAGCCCAAAUCUCCACCUCUAACCGCCCCUGUAGGCUCAGACCCUGCUCCACCACCACCUCCUCCCCAAGAAGCCCCAUCCACACCUCCAUCAGUGGAACCUCCUCCUGCUGUAAAGGUUCACUCCCUGCCUCCUACUUCUGUGGAGCCUGAGGCCCCGCCAAAACCUCCACCUCUGACCGACACUGUUGUCUCAGCCCCUGUAUCUCCACCUCCUGUGGAGCUUGAAUCUCCUCCUCCUCCGCCUGCUGUAGUGGAUCCAGUAGUUCUACCUCCUGUUGAAUCAUUUAUCCCACCCCAUAUAGAACCAGAAUCCCUGUCAGAACACAUCUUCAAACCUGUUGUCCUAGCUCCACCUGUAGAAUCAGCUGUAGCUCCACCUGUAGAAUCAGCUGUAGCUCCAGCUGUAGCUCCACCUGAACCUUUAGCUUCACCUCUGCCAUCUGAAACACUUCCAACUACUAUUGAGCCUGCUGCUGUAGCUCCCUCUGUUCAACCUCUUGAAGUGGUUGUCUUGUCUGCGCCACCAGUGGAAACCGUUCAACCUCUGCCCACUGUUGAUUUUACACCAGUUGAACCAAUAACACCACCCUGUCCUGUAGUUUUACCUCCCCAAAUGGAGACAACUCUUGUUGAGCCUGCAGUCCCACCUGCUGCAGUUGAAAAAGAAGUGCCUCCAGUCGUGGCUCCAGCUGUCGAUCCACCGCCUCCAUGUGAACUGCUCCCACCUUCUCCAGAGCCGGUGGCAGCACCCUCUCCUCCACCAAAGCCGGUAGCGGCACCCUCUCCCCCUCCAGAGGCACCCUCUCCCCCUCCAGAGCUGGUGGCGGCACCCUCUCCCCCUCCAGAGGCACCCUCUCCCCCUCCAGAGCUGGUGGCGGCACCUUCUCCCCCUCCAGAGGCACCCUCUCCCCCUCCAGAGCUGGCGGCACCCUCUCCCCCUCCAGAGCCAGUGGCAGCACCCUCUCCCCCUCCAGAGGCACCCUCUCCCCCUCCAGAGCCGGUGGCUGCACCCUCUCCCCCACCAGAGCCGGUGGCGGCACCCUCUCCCCCACCAGAGCCGGUGGCAGCACCCUCUCCCCCACCAGAGCCGGUGGCGGCACCCUUUCCCCUUCCAGAGCCAGUGGCGGCACCCUUUCCCCUUCCAGAGCCGGUGGCGGCACCCUUUCCCCUUCCAGAGCCGGUGGCGGCACCCUCUCCCCCUCCAGAGCCGGUGGCUGCACCCUCUCCCCCACCAGAGCCGGUGGCGGCACCCUCUCCCCCACCAGAGCCGGUGGCAGCACCCUCUCCCCACCAGAGCCGGUGGCGGCACCCUUUCCCCUUCCAGAGCCAGUGGCGGCACCCUUUCCCCUUCCAGAGCCGGUGGCGGCACCCUUUCCCCUUCCAGAGCCGGUUGCGGCACCCUCUCCCCCCACCAGAGCCGGUGGCAGCACCCUCUCCCCCACCAGAGCCGGUGGCAGCACCCUCUCCCCCACCAGAGCCGGUGGCAGCACCCUCUCCCCUUCCAGAGCCGGUUGCGGCACCCUCUCCCCCUCCAGAGCUCACUUUUGAAGAGCCCUCGCCAUCCUGUCACUGUGUGGAGCUGGCCAUCAGACCCACUGGUGCACCUGUAUGUGAACCCGUCGUAGAGCCUCCUCCGGCACCACCUCUACCUGCUCCAACUCCCCCUGCUGAGGAGCCCGCCAUAACCCUGUCUCUGCACCCUGUUGUUGAGGACGAAGUGCCUGCUGUCACCUCAGCGUCCCCACCUGCAGCAGCCCCGCCUGUUCCUCCUGAAGUGGUGGAGGAAGAGUUGAGGCAGAAGAUCAAAGAGGAGAUGCAGAUGAGUCUGGAGGAGGAGAUCAAUCAGAAGAGGCAGGAGCUGCAGCGACAGCUGGAGGAGAUGAGGGCUCAGGCUCAAGCAGAGGCCCAAGCAGCCGCUCAGGCUCAGGUGGAGGAGCAGGUGAAAAAGACGCUGGAGGGGGAGAAGGCGGCUUACGUGGAGAACCUGACCGACUCCAUCAUGAAGGAGCGAAUGAAGACUGACGACGAAAGGCUCAUGGUGCAGCUUUAUCGGAUGGAGCUGAAGGCUCAUCAGCUGGAGGAGAGGGAGAAAGAGUUGAUGAAACGAGACGCUCUCUACAAGGAACAUAUCGCAAAACUUGAAGCAAAGUGCACUGAGUUUUACAAAGUGACUGCUGAGAGCUUCGAGAAGGGCAAGGAAGAGACUCACAACCGCUUUGCGCGUUUCAAUAUCCAGCCAGUGUGUGGUGACUUGCAGAGUCAGAUUUUAAAAUGCUACAAGGAGAACACAGGAAAGACUCUGUCGUGCUCAAUUAUCGCCUCGGCCUACAUGCAGUGUGUGGACAACGCCAAGAAGAAUAAAUUGAGCACUAGAGGUUAAUGUGGACCACUUGAUGAGGAUGACAACAUCUUAAAGCUUUACUGCUGCAGCAAAGACAAGUUGAUGGACAGAAUUCAACAAAGUUACAGGAGAAUCAACUCCAGCCUUUACAUGUAUCUGGAAGAAGUAGCACAUGCUGUAGCCAGGCCAGUAGUCUGGUCUCGUACUGGUAAUGUCAUGUUUGCAACCUCUCUGGUUCUUCAGAUCAUUUUGAAACCAAUUGUGCCACAAUAACUGAUGGAAAAAUCAAGUUCUUGUCUUUGUAAAUGAGAUAAAACACAACAAAGGAGCAGAAAGGUUAAACUUGUGAAACCAAGUAAGGUGUUUGUAUGAGAUCUAUAUAUACUGAAGGAGAUCCUGGUAAAUCAUUAUGUAUGUGUGCCUUGAAGUUAUGAAAGCUAAAUAUAAGAUUGCAGAUGCAUGAAAGAACUGUUUAACAGAGUGUGAAGUAACAAAGACCUGUACAUGUUUGAGGUUAUUGUACUGUAUAUACAUUAUUUCUGGUGCAUGCAAAAACAUUUAAUCAAACCUCAAUAAAUUUGUUGUGAAAUCACA